UUCUGGGUUCCUCGAAAAAGAAAACGAACAACUUUCUUUUCAUUCGAAUCAUUCUCGAUUCCUUUUUCUUCCUAAAAAUUAAAUCUUUUCAAAAGUGCGAGUAAAACCCAUUUGAAUUAUGUUUGAUUUCAAUUUAAAUUCUCAACCUUUGAUCCCCAAAUUCUGAAAAAAGUUUUUGACUAUUUUUGGUAAAAACAAUUCCGUCUUCAAGUUGCAGAGAUUUAGUAAGUGAAAGUAGAUAUGUCACAUGAAGAGAACACAAGUAUUGUGGAGUGGUUUCUUGGUCCACCUUCAUAUACGUAUCCUCCUUAUGGCUAUGAGUUGAUUCAUGAGCAAGACCAAUCUCAUCAUCAUCAUCAUCUACAGAGCGGUGAGUAUUACAGAGAGUAUGAAGAUCAUCAUAGUAGCAGCGAUGUAGAUAACGAUGAGAUCAUUGCAAGAACACUCCAAAACGAUUUUUUGCAGCUUCAAAUUGCAGAAAACGAUGACCAUUAUUCAAAUCAUCAACAAGAAGAAGGUUAUACAAACAACUAUAGCAGUAACAAUAACGAAUAUGGUUGGAACAAUCAACCUACUAGAGAUUACUCUUCAGAAUGGGUAGGAAAUGAUAAUGAUCAUGAUGGGAGGAGCCAUGAUUCUCCUAGUAUUUUUUCAUCUUCAAGCCAGAGUGAUACAGAAGAGUAUGUGUACUCAUGGGAAUCAGAUGAGUGUGAUACGGAUGGUGAAUUUGGUAGGAGAUUGAAUCAGAUGGUCCCUAUUCCUUAUGUACCAAAAAUAAAUGGAGAAAUACCUCCGGAAGAAGAAGCAGUUUCAGAUCAUGAUAGACUUCGGAAUAGGUUAGAGAUGUUUGACUUCGCAGAGGUCAAAGUUCCAGGAGAUGGUAACUGCCAGUUCCGUGCUUUAGCUGAUCAACUAUACAAAACCGCAGAUCGGCAUAAACAUGUUAGACGACAAAUCGUAAAACAGCUCAAAUCUAGUCCAGCCUCUUAUGAAGGAUAUGUGCCUAUGGAGUUCUCUGAGUAUCUAAAGAAGAUGUCUCGGAGUGGUGAGUGGGGUGAUCAUGUUACAUUACAGGCAGCUGCAGAUGCGUAUCGGAUGAAAAUAGUAGUGCUAACAUCAUUUAAGAAUACAUGUUAUAUUGAAAUCCUUCCUACCUCUGAUGAACCCAGAGGAGUAAUCUUCUUGAGCUUCUGGGCAGAGGUUCAUUACAAUUCUAUCUACUUGAAAGGAGAUACAUCUGUAACAGAGUUACAGAGGAAGAAGAAAUGGUGGCGUUUUGGAAACUAGACAGCAUGGAACAACACUAUCAUCACUCAAAUUAAUACUUAUUAACUUAAGAGCAAGAAAGAGAUGUUCUUUGAAAUAGUUCCUUUGUAGAGAGAUGAAUACAGCUCACAACUUCAAAGUCUUACUAACAUAAAAUAAAGAAAAAUUCUGCCAUACAAAAAGAGAAUCAAUAAACUUAAUAAAAUAUA